AUGGCGAUAGAAACUCACAAGUCCGACAUCGCUCUAGUUGCAGUCUAUAUAUCUUCUGUAAUCGUUGUAGGCUUUUUGAGUUGCAAGAGGUCGAACAGGGGUACUAACACUGGGUUCUUACUAACUGGACGAAAUACUACAUUUUUAUCGCUUGGACUGUCACUGUUUGCUACCAACUUGGGCGCUGGUUACAUCAUAGGUGUGUCAUCUCUUGGAGCUGCAUGGGGUGUCGCUGUUGCAGCCUAUCCACUCAUGAGUAUACUGUCUUUGCUGUUGCUAGGUUGGGGAUUUGGACCCGUGUACAUGGCUUCCGGGGCAAAGACACUGCCAGAGUACUUAUCGCUUCGGUAUGGUGGAGAGAGACUUACAGUGUUCAUGUCAGUGUUUUCUAUAAUACUGUAUGUAUUCACAAGGAUAGCGGUUAAUAUUUAUGGUCUAGUUAUAUUUAUAAAAUACACUUUUGACUGGAAUUUAUAUUAUACCAUUAUUGGUAUGGUGGCACUAGUUACACUUAUAACUGCCGUGGGUGGUAUGAAAUCUGUUCUAUAUACAGGUGUAUUGUACACACCCAUCAUUAUCAUUGGUGCUGUUGUUCUCGCUGCAUUUGCAUUUAUGGAAGCCGGUGGAUACUCUGGUCUUACAAACAAUCUAUUAAGAGUGUUUCCGGCAUUUCCCACUUUUUUUCUGACCAAUGCAAGUACUUGCAGAGAUCCAUCAGAAGACGCUUUUCAUAUCUUCCAUGGGUUAGAAGACCCGAACCAGCCAUGGUUAGGAACGGUCUUAGGUGUUGCCAUAGUAACGAUGUGGUAUUGGUGCUCGGAUCAGAUAAUGACGCAGUAUAUAUUUGCCGCCAAGAGUUUGUCCCAUGCUAAAGGAAGCGUGUUAUUAGCAGGGUGUCUUCUCAUAUUACCGUUAUUUCUUAUUGUUAUACCUGGAAUGCUAGCAAGAAUGUUGUAUGUAGAUCAAGUUGGGUGUUUAACGUAUAUUGACUGCUUUGUUGCAUGCAGGGACUCGCGAACGUGUUUCCAUAUCGCGUACCCAAUGUUAGUAUCUCAACUCUCACUUCCUACAGGAAUACGUGGGUUGCUAUUGGUAACCAUCAUGGCUGCAUCUAUGAGUUCAUUGUCAUCGAUAUUUCAUGGCGCUUCUACUACAUUCACACUUGAUAUUUGGAAUAGAGUUCGUGGUCAUGUCAUCAAAGAAUGGGAAUUGAUUAUUGUAUACAGAAUGUUUGUUGCAAGUUUAGCAUUCAUGACUAUAUGGUGGAUACUUGUUGUACAAAACUUCCAAGGAGCAAAAAUAUUCGUGUUCAUCCAAUCAAUGUACUCCUAUUUUUCACCGCCAUUAUUAGUCUGCUUUCUGCUUGGAGUCACGUGCAAAAAGGUCAACGAAGAGGGUGCAUAUUGGGGAAUGGUCUUUGGGAUAUCAUUUGGUGUAUUUAGAACCUUAAUGGACGUAGUGUUCGGUGUAUCUACAUGUGAAAGGCCGGCAGAUGGUCCCUAUCUUCUGCAUAGAAUCAAUCAUCUGUACUUUUGCAUCAUAUCAACUUUUAUUUGUAUAUUGGUUACCUUGGUGAUAAGUGUUGUGACAAAACCAAUUAUACCAGAGCAUGAGCUUGCCAGAUUGACAUGGGGAACAAGAUACGACUACCCACACCGCAAUAGAAUUGAAAGUGGUAAAACAUUGAGUAAGAUUAAUUCGAAAGUGGAAAGUGAAGAAAUCGAACUAAAUUCCACAGGAGACGUGACAGCAAGGAAACGACGACGAAAACAGAUUCACAAAAAAUGUUGUAUUAAAUCAGACAUUGUAGAAACAAACAUGCCAUCUAUCGUCCAGGAGAAGAAAUGUCGAUGGAUUUUGAACAUUGGCGCAUUGCUGUUAGGAGGGAUAACACUUGCUCUUUUUGGUUUCUUCCAUUAA